AUGAUGAAUGUAAUUCAGAUCAUUUGUGACCAAAAGGCACAUACAUUUGUGCUUGUGGGAUUUGUGCUUGGAUGUUAUUUAGAUAGAAAGAAUGAUGAAAAGCCAACUGCCUUCCAUAAAAAGAAUUUGUCUAGAAGGGAAUUGAGACCCAAGGAAGAAGUCACCUGGACUUAAGGGCUGUGACUGAAUUACAAAAUGUUCACAUUUUAAACAUUAGGAGAGAAAU